UUCUCUCUCUCUCUCUCUUCCUUAUAAUUACCACACCUCCUUCCAUGAACUCCCUUGGCCUCUCGCUCUCUGAAACCUCUCGAACUCGCUCCGACGUUGCAUGGUCCUAGCAGCAGUCCAGGCAGGCGGGAGAAGAAGCAGCGAGGGAGGGCUUGACGUAGGGAGCUCCGGUCGUUUUGCGCGGGGGGGUGUGUCUGUCGAGAUGACGAUGAGCAGCAGCAACGUGGGUCAGUUCGGAGACACGACCUUGACCAAGGUGUUCGUGGGGGGGCUGGCGUGGGAGACCCCGAAGGAAGCCAUGCGGGAGCACUUCGAGAAGUACGGCGAGAUCUUGGAGGCCGUCAUUAUCCUGGACAAGGUCACUGGCAGAUCCAAGGGCUACGGCUUCGUGACGUUCAAGGAUCCUGAAGCUGCUAAGAAGGCCUGCGAGGAGGCGAUGCCGGUCAUCAACGGCCGCCGCGCCAACUGCAACCUGGCCUCGCUCGGCGCUCGCCGCCCCAAGUCCGCGGCUGUUGCUGCCGCCACUCCUCCUCCUCCCCCUCCUCCUCUCCCACAACAAGGAUCAAACAUUGUUGGACCAAGAUCAAUAAUGGCAUCCACACCAGCAAAUCAUCAAAUGCAGUGGUAUUAUCCUGCGGGCACCCCAGCUUUGCCGUACCAUCACCAGCACCAUCAGGCCGUUCCUUUCUAUGGGUACUCCCCGGCAGCCUACAUCGCCACUGACAUGAACUAUAAUCACAAAGUAAGCUACACUGGGGGAGCCUACAUGAACGCGCACUACUCGCAAGUGUAUCCUAGCCAGGCUAUGAUGCCGAUGUACCCGCUCUACCCCCACUACCCCCACCACCACCAGUCCCACACGAUGGGCCUCCCGGCCCACAUCUUCCAGCCCGCAUCGGCCGGGCCCAUGACCUCGGUCCCGGCCCUCGUGUCCAAGCCUGCCUCCAUCGCUGCUCCCAACACAGCGAUAAAUUAGCAGGCAAGGUACAUCUGACUGAUGCCAGCUUGCAAAUUUGACACUAUUUGGCCAUUCCUCUCUCAAUUAACAGAAGGAAAAGAAGUUCAUCAAUCACUAGUCCAUAAUUGAGAUCUUCGAUAGUGUUCACAUCAAAGCAAAACUUAACCAUAGCAUAGCCCUUGCAUCACAUGGCAUCUUAAGUACAGGCCUGCGUGCGUGGCAUUGGUGAACAUCAUUAUCGGGGAAUCUCGCCAGAAUAAAAUGUGUUGCACUCGAACAGAUUAGAGCAUGUUCUGAGUGAAUAGCCUUGGAUCUUUUCAAUUGAUUUCUCUCUUCUUCUUUUUUGUUGAAAUUUAGCUGUAAACUGAUAUUACAUGGACAGUUUGCUUGGCUGUGGAAUAGGUACAGUUGGUGCAGGUGGUGAGGGCUUUAAAAAGGGUGGCUAGUUGGCAAAAAUAAACAUUUAACCA